AGGGAGCGCACCCGUCUGUUAACACUCACAGGCUAUAACACACACACACCCCUCACACACGUCUGCGUCAUGCGUCCUGAGAGCCACGGCAUGAACGCGGUAACUCCGAUGGACCCAGGUAAAACGCACAGCGGCAGCAGUCUGAGGGGCUGACUGUGUCCUGCUUAUCUUUCCAGUUGCGUGUCCCUCACUGUUCUGAGAAAGUCGCGCUCUGAGUGUGGUCGCAUUAUGGAUUUUAUAACAACAAGCAGCAACAACAACAACAGCAACGCGACCAGCGGUUACCCUGAUGGGGUGGAGGUGGUUGCCGACUGGGACGGGGGUGAGAAUGGCACGGGGUCUGGGUCUCUUCUAGAUGUGAAGCUGAGUUACCAGAUUAUCACCUCUCUGCUCUUGGGUGCCCUUAUCCUCGCCUCCAUAUUUGGCAAUGCGUGCGUCGUGGCAGCCAUCGCCCUGGAGAGAUCUCUCCAGAAUGUGGCUAACUAUCUCAUUGGAUCCCUGGCCGUGACAGAUCUUAUGGUAUCGGUACUGGUUCUGCCAAUGGCGGCCCUCUAUCAGGUUUUAAACAAGUGGACAUUGGGGCAGGAGAUCUGUGACAUAUUCAUUUCACUGGAUGUACUGUGUUGCACAUCAUCCAUCCUGCAUCUGUGCGCCAUUGCCCUGGACAGGUACUGGGCCAUAACAGACCCAAUUGACUAUGUAAAUAAACGGACACCAAGGCGAGCUGCGAUCUUGAUAAGCGUGACUUGGCUAAUUGGUUUCUCCAUCUCUAUUCCGCCUAUGUUAGGCUGGAGAAGCGCGGAAGACAGGGCGAACCCCGACGCCUGCAUCAUCAGCCAGGACCCGGGCUACACCAUCUACUCCACAUUUGGGGCAUUUUACAUCCCUCUCAUCCUCAUGUUGGUCCUGUACGGGCGAAUAUUCAAGGCUGCACGGUUUCGGAUUCGAAAAACAGUCAAGAAAACCGAGAAAGCAAAAGUGUCAGAAAAGUGCUUGACUGUGUCUCCGGCCAUCUUCCAUAAGAAAACCAACGGGGAGGCCGAGGGCAAAGGCUGGAAGCGCAGCGACGAGUCCAAAUACAGCUCUCCGUGCGUAAACGGCGCGGUGAAGCACGGAGAGGAGGGUGAGUCACUUGAGAUCAUAGAAGUUAUCAGCAACUCAAAGACGCACCUGCCGUUGCCCAACACCCCUCAGUCCUCCUCGCAGGGCUUUGAAAACAUGAAUGAAAAGACCUCGGGGGCGAAGAGAAAGAUCGCGCUGGCCAGGGAACGUAAAACGGUGAAAACACUGGGGAUCAUCAUGGGAACUUUCAUCUUCUGCUGGCUGCCCUUUUUCAUCGUCGCACUUGUGCUGCCUUUCUGUGCAGAGAGCUGCUACAUGCCUGACUGGCUGGGUGCAGUCAUAAACUGGCUGGGCUACUCCAACUCUCUCCUCAACCCCAUCAUAUAUGCCUACUUCAACAAAGACUUCCAAAGUGCUUUCAAGAAGAUCAUAAGAUGCAAAUUCCACAGACUGUAACCACACCCAGUGAAAACAUUUGUCUACUUAAAUGUGGAGUAAAUUAAUUGACAGCAGGAAAUGUUCACUGACUGUAUGGGGGAAUAAUACAGACUUUCAUUCAGGGAAAGUCUCUUUUCGGUGUGUGUUCGAGGACCGUGUAGAAAGAAAACCCGCGGGGUCACUGACCGAUGAAAUGAGACAGGAACUUUCACUCUUAAUGUACAAGCUCAUGUUUAUUCAGUGUUGUAGCUACAGUAUAUAUCCUAUAUGCGACGGCAGCCAUUGUUGUAUUGCCAUGCAACACGUGUCAUAUGCUGAUUCCAUGCAUUUUAUCAUGAGAUAAACGCGGGGUUUCCGUCCUAUAUCAAGAGCUUUGUAGCACUGAAACAAUAAAAGCAAUCAAAAAUUA